CAGAAGUGAUGCUCAGUCCGUGUAAUGUUACAGAGAGGAGGAGGUGGACACAUCUUUACUGCAAAGACUUUCACUUAUAGUUAACCUAGCUCACUAGAUGUCCGAUAAGUAAAUAUCACCGGUUUGGGGUUUUCUCUUUUUUUUUUCGCGCUUCUACUGGUGUCGCGUACUUUCUGAUCCCCCGAUGACUUCCUCUAUCUCGGCCUGGAUUUGGAGUGAGAGAUUCUGGCUUCCCGAAAAUGUUUCUUGGGCGGACCUGGCGCAUCCACCACCUGGUGUGGAGUAUCCCCGAAUGGGACAGAUACUGUACGCCCUGCCGCUGGCUGUGGGGGUUUUUCUACUGAGACUGCUAUUUGAAAGGCUAGUGGCCAAGCCCUGUGCCCACAUACUUCAGAUUCAGGCGGGAGUGCCUCGACGAGCUCAACCCAAUGCUGUCCUGGAGAAACUGUAUCAGUCCAAAACGUGUCCAGACACGAGACAGCUGGAGGGACUCUCUAAGCAGCUGGACUGGGAUGUACGGAAAAUACAGAGAUGGUUUCGCGUACGUCGGAACCAAGACAGGCCCAGUACGCAGAAAAAGUUCUGUGAGAGCAUGUGGCGAUUUACAUUUUACCUGGGGAUAUUCAUCUACGCCAUUCGCCAUUUGUGGGUGUCGCCUUGGAUGUGGGACACCAGACAGUGUUGGCACAAGUAUCCUUUUCAGCCUCUGAGUCCUGGACAGUACAACCACUAUCUAGCCGAGCUGGCUUUCUAUUGGUCUCUGAUGUUUUCCCAGUUCACAGACAUUAAGCGCAAGGAUUUCGUCGUCAUGCUUAUCCACCACCUGGCCACCAUAAUCCUCAUCACAUUCUCCUACGCCAACAACAUGCUAAGAGCCGGCACCCUGGUCAUGUGUGUGCACGAUGCAUCAGACAUCUUCCUUGAGGCAGCCAAGCUGGCCAACUACGCCAAGUACCAGAGGCUAUGUGAUGGCCUGUUUGUGGUGUUCAGCAUAAGCUUCUUCCUCACUCGACUUGUCAUCUUUCCUUUCUGGAUUGUUUACAGUGUUCUGUUUGAGAGCUGGGAGAUCGUUGGACCGUACCAGGCCUGGUGGCUGUUCAACGGGCUGCUGCUGGUCCUGCAGACUCUUCACAUCAUCUGGUUCUACCUCAUCACUCGUAUUGCUAUCAAAGCAAUAUUCAAGGGAAAGGUGUCAAAGGAUGACCGCAGUGACAUUGAGAGCAGCUCAGACGAGGAGAAUUAUUCCAGUCUCAGUAAAAAUCCUUGUCAGACCCUAAACUUAAAGGGCAACAGCCACACCGGUAACCUUAAUGGAGAAACUCAUGACCACUGAGUACAAAGAGGAGGAAAAUGACUUCUAGCGUGGCUUUCAUUCACCUCCUGUGUGCCUCUGAGACCCACCUCGUCACUUGACCUCCUAAAAAAGACUUUUUUUUUCCCUUCUUUCUGCUGAGUUGUUAAAAUGGAGGACUGAAUACAUAUGAGGAAUACAGACCUAACACUGUGUUACUAUGUCAGGUUUACACUGUGUGAGGUUUACUCCUGCUUUUUGCUUACAGAAGCAAACAGAGACAUGUCUGUGGUCUUGUCUGCACCUCCCUCUGUGUGUGUGCAUGUGUGUGUGUUUGCAAGCACGUGACAGUGCAUAUCUACGCCGUUUCUGUCAAUACACAGAUUUUAUUAGUGAAUUUGUUAAUAUAUUUUACAGCUGUAAAACAAAUUGCUGCAUCUGCCUAUACUGCUUACUCCCCUGUAAGCCUAGAAUUUCCAAAUACCAAUCCUAUAAAAUACCAAAGAUUUCUUAAUAAAACAUUACUGCAUCAGAUCCAAUAA